GGCGGCGUGCCCGCUUCCAAGAUGGCGGCCGCGGUGUCCGGCGCGUUCGGCCGAGCCGGUUGGAGGUUCCUACAGCUGCGGUGCCUGCCUGGUGUGCUGGUCUCUGUCCCCAUGUCGCCCUCGGAUUUGGGUCUCAGGUACACAGACCAGGGCGGCGAGGAGGAGGAGGACCAUGAGAGUGAGGAGCAGCUGCAGCGCCGCAUCCUGACAGCAGCCCUGGAGUUUGUACCAGCCCACGGGUGGACAGCAGAGGCCAUUGCAGAAGGAGCCCAGUCUCUGGGUCUCUCCAGUGCGGCAGCCAGCAUGUUUGGGAAUGAUGGCAGUGAGCUGAUCCUGCAUUUUGUGACCCAGUGCAACGCUCAGCUCACCCGUGUGCUGGAAGAGGAGCAGAAGCUGGUGCAGCUGGGCCAAGCAGAGAAGAGGAAGACAGACCAGUUCCUGAGGGACGCAGUGGAAACCAGACUGAGAAUGCUGAUCCCGUACAUUGAGCACUGGCCCCGGGUACAGAGUCCAUGUGCAGGCUCCAGGGCAACAGUGUACUCACAUUUAUAAUUGUCAGCACCUUUCACUCGGAGGACCUUGUACACUGUUCAGAAGUUAGCUCACUGAUCUCCACAAACCCAGGGAUGCUCUGUGCACUUGGCAGAGCUAGGUUUCAAAUUUGGGGGUGCCAAAGAGAGUAACUCGGAGCCAUCUGUGUCUCAGUUCCUGGAGAUGUGAGUAGCCUGGGUACUAAAGCACAUCCUGGGUGGGGUCUUAGUGGCCUGAGUGUGCCAACAGGUCUUCAGUGAGGAGGAAUCCAUGAAGGAGAUUAGAAAAGUCAGCACAUUUUAUUGGUUAUUGUCAUUAACAGGCCUGUUGUGUUCUAGAUCUCAGAGGACUGGACUUCUUUUCAAAUGGUCAGUGUGAUGCUUGAGAUUUGGAGUAUUCAUUCUAGGGCGUUUCUCCCCUUUUCUGAAGCUACCUUUUUCUUGUUUCAAAGCAUGUCACAGUGUGGGCCAUUCUCUCAGUUAAGAAAGUCAAGUCAAAGCACAUCAGCAAUGAGGAACACAGAGAUCACCUAGUGUCCUCCGUCCAGCUGGGACACGGUUGAGCAUGUAAUUUCAGGCAGUUGAUUGACAGAUAUUUGAACACCUGCAGUGUGCCUAACCCCAGGCUGGUGUGAAGGGAGUACAGCCGCGAGUCCAGUCUGCUGCCUGUUUGCCACGCUUGAUUUGCAUACCUGUGGCCUUGCCUCGUUCCACUUCAUAGUUUAAGUGAUGGAAAAGAGUGUAUUAGGCCCUGGGUGCUUCCUGAUUCAGCAUGUUUCCUUCUGGGCUUCUUCACUAAGAGAAAACCAGCCAAUCCAGGAUCUUUCUGUCCAGCUGCCACAGGCCACAGCCAGUGGAUUUUAGAGUUGGUAAAAUGGCAAGACCUUGUACUGUCAGGAGUUGAUGUCUGCCAACGGAGG